CUCUUCAACAUUUUAAGGUGAAUAAUAAUAAUUUUGGUGGUGAGAUUCCUUUUUCCUUGCAAAAUUGCACUGAAUUGAUGAUACUUAAUCUUGGACACAACAAAUUCACUGGAAACAUACCUUUAUGGCUUGGAUCAAAAUUAUCAGGAUUGAUAGUGUUACAACUGCGAUCCAACCUUUUAAGUGGGCAUAUCCCUCACCAUUUCUGCAAUCUUGUCAGCCUUCGCGUCCUAGACCUUUCACACAACAACUUUUCAGGGACCAUUCCCAAGUGUUUGAAAAAUAUGCGUGCUCUUGUUGAAGUUGAGGCUGUAAGCGUGGGUUUCUCAAUCCAAGGAAGAACAACAAUAACGUCAAAAGGCAAAGAGCUCGAAUAUGGAGAUGACCAGUUAGCCUCGUGGGGAAACUUGAUUGAUCUUUCGUCAAACAAUUUUGAAGGUGAAAUCCCUGAACAAAUAGGCAGUAUGGUUGAAUUGAGUACGUUGAACUUGUCAAUGAAUCGAUUAACUGGAGAGAUUCCUUCAAGCAUCGGAAAAUUAUGUCUUCUUGAAACUCUUGAUCUCUCACACAACCUGCUUUCAGGACAUAUCCCUCAAAACUUUUCUUCUUUAACCUUCUUAUCUCACUUGAACUUAUCUUACAACAACUUGAUUGGAAAAAUACCUUCAGGAAACCAACUCCAAACCCUCGAUGAUCCAUCCAUUUAUGAACACAAUCCGUCACUGUGUGGGGCUCCUCUUUCAUCUGUAUGCCCUACAGAUGACACAAAAACAGGACAAACUUUUCAUAUAGAAGAUCACAGUAAAGAUGAAAAGGAAAGGUUUUGGUUUUACGUCAGCAUGGCACUUGGUUUCAUCAUAGGCUUUUGGGUUGUUUGUGGAACAUUGGUCCUUAAAAAGUCAUGGAGGUAUGCCUAUUUUAAUUUCUUUGACAACGUCAAAGAGAAGGUGGCAUUAACAAUUGCAUUGAAAGUAGCUGGUUGGCAAGGGAGAUUGUGAUACGAAGAGAAAAUAAAAAUGUGCAUGCAUGUUCUGGUGGGCUACUGGUCCUCCUGUUGCUGCUGAAGCUUACUUUUGGAACUUGUCUUAGCUUUUAAAUUGUUGCUUUUGCUAGUUUUUUAUUUGGUUUGGCGUGUUUUGUAUUAGUAUGGGGCUUUGGUUCUUGUUGUCCCUUCUAGGUGUUACUCUUUUAUUUUUUCAAUAAAUUUCUCUUGUGCCGUCGAGAUUGUCAAAACAAAGAAAAUAAAAAAAAACAUGCAUGUGUGCUUCUUUCUGUCGUAACUAAUGUAAUAUGCACUUGUGGUCGAUAAAAUAAAUCAAAAGAACUAGGAUGGUAUGUUUCUUUUGUUUUUUCUCUUUUUCACUCUUGUCUAUCUUAUAAGAAAUGAAG